AUGAUUUCCACCUUGCAACACAUUUCCAUCCUGAUUGCGUGUAUGCAGUCACUCUUCGUUCGCUUCUGGGCGACGACAAAGGAAGGUAGCGUCAAGGAGGUGCAGGGGGGUUAUUCAGAAGCUAUGACGUGGGGCUUCUAUUUCAAUCUUGAUGUGGAGGAACUGUCGAUGGGUGACAGGCUGCGUUGCAGAAUUUCACAAGAACCAAACGCACUGACGGCAACCGUUCUCCUCACCAGGCAGCUACGAGAUCUCCUAAUCUGCCCUCGCGAGACGGGGGUCGUCAACUACGUUCAACAUCAGUCAAUUGUCAGGCAAAACUUGUAUGAUACUGACUUGCCAAUCUGA